AUGGACAAAACACCUUUUAUUUUUGAGGAACACUCUCUAAGUUUCUUCCAGGACUUAAGCCGCCCCACACUGCAAUGGCAGGUCACCUUAAAGGGAGUGACGAUGAAGGUAUGGGCAGCAGCAAUACCCUAUAAAUGGAGUUACCCACGGGUUCUGAUAGCCAAACACAAUGGCCAACGAUUCAGGCUCACAGCAGCAACAGAAGCAGCCCCGUUUCUGCGCUCAGUAGGACUGGAAGCCACCAACACCUCAAGCACCACAGCCAGGCCCACUCACCACUGGGACGUUGCCAAUGUCACAGUAUUCAUCCCUGCUGGGUCUUCUGCUCUGGGCUGA